CCGGUCGAGCCUCGCUCUAUGGACCGUGGUGCGCCGUGUGCCCGCCCCCCCGCUGGGCGAAGAGGACUUGUGUUACAUCAUACAUCUUUAUGAUGUUCGUCAUAUUUCCACUUACCAUCAUCCAAACACCACCCAGCCUUUCUGAUUACUUCAAGACCUUGGCUCGCACAAAAUGAGAGCAAGCUUAGUCCAGCAACUUCGGGUACUUGUGCCUAUCAAGAGAACAAUUGAUUAUGCAGUUAAAAUUCGAGUGAAUUCCGCUAAAACCGCCGUGGAGACCAAUGGCGUCAAACAUUCCAUGAAUCCAUUUGACGAGAUAGCGGUUGAGGAAGCGAUUCGGUUGAGGGAGUUGAUGAAAGAAAAAAUCGAAUCUAUCACCCUUUUAACGGUGACCAGCCAAAAGAAAGGCGGACAAGAAGUCUUAAGAACAGGUCUAGCGAUGGGAGCCGAUGAAGGAAUCCUAGUCGAAUGGCCCGAAGGCUCGCCUGAACCGGAACCGCUCUCAGUAUCUAAGACAAUCAAAGCCGUCCUCGACAAACAAUUCAAAGACAAGCCGAUCGAUCUAAUCAUUUGCGGCAAACAAGCCAUCGAUGACGAUUGCUCUCAAGUGGGAGGGAUGUUAUCCGGUCUAUUGGACUGCUCUCUAGCUCAAUUUAUCAGCCAAGUCAAGUUUGAAGACCAAUCCAACCUCAAGCAGAUCAAGAUCGAACGUGAGAUUGAUGGCGGGAUCGAGAAAUUAACCGUUCCUUUACCGGCCGUUUUAACAACUGACCUGCGAUUGAACGAACCCAGAUACGCUUCAUUGCCCAACAUCAUGAAAGCCAAGAAGAAGCCGAUUACCACUUACACAGCCGACCAACUAGGAAUCAACACGAAGCCGAUGCUUAAGGUACUGAAAGUUGAAGAACCGCCGGCCAGGAAAGGAGGCCAGAAGGUAGAUGAUGUGGAUGCUAUGGUCGCUAAAUUGAAGGAAGUUGGGGCUAUAUGAGAAAGCACCCAUCUAGAUAACUUCUUUUCGUUCUUUUUGGUUAACUCUUCGAUUUUGAAUAUGUAUACGCAUUUACUACACUACAGCUUCCAGGCGGCCUCCCGGUCGUGCCCUCAUAUUUCAUGUCAUUAUUAACUCCAUUCUGAAUUGAGAUCUAUUCACGUCAUCUAGUCUACAGUAAUUCAUCAUUUAGGCGCCACAAGA